GCGAGCUCUGGGCCCUCACCCCACCCCCAGCUGCCAGACAGGACCCAGCAUCACUCCUUCCCUGACAUAAUGACUAUGUUUGAGAAUGUUACCCGAGCCCUGGCUAGGCAGCUGAACCCUCGGGGGGAUCUGACACCCCUAGACAGCCUCAUCGACUUCAAGCGCUUCCAUCCCUUCUGCCUGGUGCUGAGGAAGAGGAAGAGCACGCUAUUCUGGGGAGCCCGCUAUGUCCGCACCGACUACACGCUCCUGGAUGUGCUGGAGCCAGGCAACUGCCCCUCAGAUCCCACAGAUUCUGGGAACUUUAGCUUUAAGAACAUGCUGGAUGCCCGAGUGGAGGGAGAUGUGGACGUGCCAAAGACGGUGAAGGUAAAAGGGACUGCAGGCCUGUCACGAAGCAGCACACUGGAGGUUCAGACCCUCAGCGUGGCUCCCAAGGCUCUGGAGAACUUGCACAAGGAGAGGAAACUGGCAGCGGAUCACCCCUUCCUUAAGGAGAUGCGGGAUCGUGGGGAGAACCUGUACGUGGUGAUGGAGGUGGUGGAGACGGUGCAGGAAGUCACUCUGGAGAGAGCUGGCAAGGCAGAAGGCUGCUUCUCCCUUCCAUUCUUUGCCCCGCUGGGACUGCAGGGAUCCGUGAACCACAAGGAGGCUGUAACCAUCCCCAAGGGCUGUGUCCUGGCCUUUCGUGUGAGACAGCUGAUGGUUAAUGGCAAAGAUGAGUGGGACAUCCCACACAUCUGCAAUGACAGCAUGCAGACCUUCCCUCCAGGAGAAAAGCCAGGAGAGGCAAAAUUCUUACUUAUCCAGGCAUCUGAUGUUGGGGAGAUGCAUGACGACUUCGAGACUUUAAAAGAGGAGGUUCAGAGAGAGACUCAUGAAGUGGAGAAACUGAGUAAAGUGGGGCAGAGCUCCCUGCUCACCUCCCUCAGCAACCUCCUAGGAAAGAAAAAAGAGCUCCAAGACCUUGAACAGACGCUCGAAGCAGCUCUAGACAAGGGACAUGAAGUGACCCUAGAAGCACUCCCAAAAGACGUCCUGCUGUCAAAGGAUGCCAUGGGCGCCGUCCUCUAUUUCCUCGGGGCUCUAACAGUGCUAAGUGAAGCCCAACAGAAGCUUCUUGUAAAAUCCUUGGAGAAGAAGCUCCUCCCAAUGCAGUUGAAGCUGGUUGAAAGCACCAUGGAGCAGAACUUCCUGCAAGAUAAAGAGGGUGUUUUCCCUCUGCGGCCUGACCUGCUCUCCUCCCUCGGGGAGGAGGAACUGACCCUCACAGAAGCCCUAGUGGGGCUGAGCGGCCUGGAAGUCCAGAGAUCCGGCCCCCAGUACACGUGGGAUCCGGACACCCUCCCACGCCUCUGCGCCCUCUACGCAGGGCUCUCCUUCCUUCAGCUGCUGAGCAAGGCUUCCUAAGGCACCUUCUCUGCCUGCUUCCCUCCCGCCUUCCCGACCUUACUGUGCUCUCUGGAACUCUCCAAGUUGCUAGAGUCUCCAGGAUUAACUGAAAUGCCAUGUUCCUCAUGCAUCAUCACCAAAUCCCACCUACCCUAGCGUCUCUCUCCUUCUGUCCUCCAUCUCAGUCACCCACUAAGCCCAUCUCCUGAUGCUUAAAUCGUGAAGAUACAGAAUCAUUCAAAAUCUUUGCAAAUUUGAGCCAUUUCAUUAAGAAAAACAAAGAAGCAAGCAAACAUCAAUUUCCCAGUCAAAUCCUUCCCACUUGUGCCUCAAAAAACAAAUCAAACAAACAAACAAACAAAAACCUACCCUUUCUGGAAUAAAUGGAAAAUAUUAUAUUAUG